AUGAUCAAAGCGUCGCAAAACAAUGCGGUAAACGAUACUGAUUUUCUUGAAUGGAUAGAAUACUCUCAAUUAACCAUCUUGGAAAAAAUUAAUAGAGGUAGUUUUGGUACUGUAUAUAAAGCUGUAUGGCUUGAUGGUUUGCCCAGGGAUGCAACUGACGAUGGUAGAAUUUGGGAUAGAACUAGUCAGUGUUAUGUUGCUGUGAAAUUUUUUAGUGAUUAUAAAGAUUUUUUAAAAGAAUUUACAAAUAUUUACAGGAUGAUAAAAAAUUGUUCUGAAGAGGAUAAGGAAAUAUCAAAUAUAGUCCGUUAUUAUGGUGCUACGUGUGAUGAUAACGAAAAUGAAUAUGGUAUUGUCAUGGAAAUUUAUUCACAAUCUUCUUUGUCGGAUUAUUUAACAUCUAAUUGGAGAAAUAUUUAUUGGAACAAAAAAUUACGAAUCCUUCGAGAUAUUGCAUAUGGUCUUUAUACACUGCAUUAUCGAGAUCUUAUUCAUGGAGAUUUGCACAGUGGAAAUGUAAUGAUUGAUGAUAACAGAUAUGAUUCAGAAAUCGCAUUUAUUGGUGAUCUAGGAUUUUGUAGACCUGAAGAGAAAAAAAUUAAAGAUCUUGUUGGCUUAAUUCCUUUUAUGGCACCAGAAAUCUUUAAAGAUUCAUCUUAUAGCAAAAAAGCCGAUAUUUAUAGUUUUGGGAUUAUUAUGUAUUAUGUCUCAACUAACAGACAACCUUUCCAUGAUCGAGCUCAUAAUAAUAAACUAGCCAGCGAAAUUUUUAAUGGGCUUAGACCAACGCUUUAUCAAGACGAUGAAAUUCCAAUGUGUUUUGAAACAUUAAUGCGUCAUUGUUGGAGUUAUGAUAUUAGAAGUAGACCCAAUGCUUAUACUUUGUAUCAAAAAUUUCAAAAUUGGAUUGACGGCGAAAAGUUCGAAGUGGUGCAAUAUGACGUCACCGAGCCAUUAGAUGAAUCGGAAUUCCAUAGGAAAGCCAUCUAUACGAGUCAAACGUGGUAUGUAAAAAAAAAAAUUUCCCAAAUAAUUUAA